AUUAGGGUUUUUUCAAUUUAUUCCGAUGUCUGCUCUUUUUCCUACCAAAUAGUUAUUAAUUUUUUCCGGUGUCUGAUCAGGGCUUGGUGAAACAAAUGGACUGGGGUUUUGUACACAAAGCUUGGGAGAAAUGGGCUUCCAUUAACGUUGGCUCUUCUACAGGUGAACCAUUGAAGGCUGCUUUGCUUAUUAACUAUGAUCCAAAUGCACCGUCUCGCUUGCUUUCUAUCAUUGCAGAACAAGAAGGUAUCAACGCUGUUCCCACUGAAGUGAGCCAGUUUGUUGAUUUUGUUAAAAGGAAUAAACUUCAUUUGGAGAACUUUACAAUCGGGCAAAAUCAAUAUGUGGUUACAUCCAUUCAUGAGAAUUGUUUCUGUGCAAGGUCUAUGACUUCAUCAAAACCUGCUGGUGAAGGUGCCAUCAUCAUGCAGACUUCAGCAUUCCUCUUGGUUGCAUUGUAUGAUGGAUCCAUUGGUGCAGCAUCCCGUUCUAUGGUGGCUGUUGAUCAGUUUGCUUGGCAGCUUGGGCGAAGAAAUCUGUAACUCAUUUUAUACAACGGUACUGGUGUGUUAUCUGUGUCUAGUUGGUUAUGUGGACUCCAGGUUUGUGACAGAAAUCAUUGCUACCCAGUUUCCUUCAAAUCUGAGCACUGCCUUUUAUUCUAAGUAAUUACAUCAGAUUUCCUUCAAGGAUUGUCUCCAUUCCGCAAGGUGACAGUGGUAGAAAUCGAAGAUGUCAAAACUCUUGCUCCUUUCAAUUUUUCUUGUGACGUACAGUAGGAAAUGAUGCUGUUUUUCUCGCAUGCCUGGGUAAAUUGGCAUGUAAAUAAUUUGUUGAGCUGUUGGACAAGGCAUGCUUAUGCAAAGGUAAAUUAUGUGCUGGAUUAGCUGGGUCAGUAGUGGUUUAACAGUGUCCUGCUUUUGCUGCAUCAAUGACUACGGUUAUAACUUCCCAGAUGAGGGAACUGUUGGGUUAUUCAGUAAUGGAAACGGUAUAUAUUUUUUUAAAAAAUCCCAAAUAUCCUGUUGAACAGAUA